CGGGCGUGCGGAGGCACAACUUCCGGAGGGAGGCGGAAGAGCCUCUCGGCUCCAAGCUCGAGAGUCCCGGGACUGUGGAGGGGGUCCCCCGGGUUACGGGACAGAGCCACGGGGGCGGCCCGGCAGCACUCAGGGUCUAAGGGCCUUGGGUCUGAGGGAUGCGGAGGGGCCAUGGCCAGCGACGGAGCCAGGAAGCAGUUCUGGAAGCGUAGCAACAGCAAGGUCCCGGGCAGCAUCCAGCACGUGUAUGGUGCCCAGCACCCCCCUUUUGACCCACUGUUACAUGGCGCCUUGCUCCAGGCCACGCCCAAGGUGCCCGCCACCCCUGUGAGGGCCAGGAGGGUCAGCACCUUCCAGGAGUUUGAGAGCAACACCAGCGACGCCUGGGACGCCGGCGAGGACGAUGACGGGCUGCUGGCCAUGGCGGCCGAGAGCCUGCACUCCGAGGUGGUCAUGGAGACGGCCCGCCGCGUCCUGCACAGCCACAGCCAGCGGCAGGAGCAGCUCAGGCGGCAGGAGCCUCCGCCCGUCCCCGGUGGGGACCUGCGGCUGGUCAAGUCCGUCAGCGAGAGCCACACGUCCUGUCCCACAGAAGGUGCCGGCAGCACCGUCCCGCUGCAGAGGUCCCAGUCUCUCCCCCACGCGGCGGCGGCGGCUGCGCCAGGUGGGGCGUCUGACCCCGGCACCCUCAGCAGCUCGGCGUUAAGUGAGAGAGAGGCCUCCCGGCUGGACAAGUUCAAGCAGCUGCUCGCUGGCCCCAACACCGACCUUGAGGAAUUGCGGAAGUUGAGCUGGUCCGGGAUCCCUAAGCCGGUUCGUCCGAUUACCUGGAAGCUCCUCUCAGGCUACCUUCCCGCCAACGUGGACCGCAGACCGGCCACCCUGCAGCGGAAGCGGCGGGAGUACUUCGCCUUUGUGGAGCACUACUACGGCUCCAGGGAGGAGGAUGCGCACCGGGACACCUACAGGCAGAUCCACAUAGACAUCCCGCGGAUGAAUCCGGAAGCAUUAAUACUUCAACCCAAAGUGACAGAGAUUUUUGAGCGGAUACUGUUCAUAUGGGCCAUACGCCACCCUGCCAGCGGGUACGUGCAGGGCAUCAACGACCUGGUCACCCCCUUCUUCGUGGUCUUCGUCUGUGAACACACAGAGGAGAAGGACGCGGACGUCGCCGACGUGUCCCGCGUGCCCGCCGACGUGCUGCGCAACGUGGAGGCCGACACGUACUGGUGCAUGAGCAGGCUGCUAGACGGCAUUCAGGACAACUACACCUUCGCCCAGCCGGGGAUCCAGGUGAAAGUGCGGAUGCUGGAAGAGCUCGUGAGCCGGAUCGAUGAGCAGGUGCACCGGCACCUGGAGCAGCACGAGGUGCGGUACCUGCAGUUCGCCUUCCGCUGGAUGAACAACCUGCUGAUGAGGGAGCUGCCCCUGCGCUGCACUGUGCGCCUGUGGGACACCUACCAGUCUGAGCCCGAGGGCUUCUCCCGCUUCCACUUGUACGUCUGUGCCGCUUUCCUGGUGCGGUGGAGGAAGGAGAUACUCGAAGAAGGAGAUUUUCAAGAGCUGCUGCUCUUCCUGCAGAACCUGCCCACGGCCCACUGGGGCGACGGGGACGUCAGCCUGCUGCUGGCCGAGGCCUACCGCCUCAAGUUCGCCUUCGCCGAUGCCCCGAAUCACUACAAGAAAUGAGCGCGGCCCCGGCAGUGGCCCCACGCGCCCAGGACGGCACCCGCCCGCUGGCCGGCUGCGAGGAGGGGCCUGGAUGGGCAGUGCUGCCCAGCGGGGCGUCCGCCCGGAGGACGUCCGGCGCAGCCGGGGGCCCGGCUGGGGUGGGCUGGCUGCUUCCUGAGAUACCAAAGAGAGCCAGGGGAGGGUCCUGGCCUUUCGGGGGCCCUUCCUGUCCUGAGCAUCCUUGCCAAAUGACCGCCUCCUGGAGACCCCGGCCGGCUGCAGCCCCUCUCGGAGAGGCCCGUGUUGGGGGGCCGGGGUGGAGGAGAUGGCAGUCGUUUGGACCUGUGUGGAGACGCAGAGCUUCUGUUGAGUGAAGGAGAAUAAAAUACAGUGAGUGUCA